AUGUACUGCAAAUUCAAGCGGAUUGACAAGGGCGAAGUGUUGGCGACCAUGUUUGUUGCAGUUAAUAUUAUUAUCCCUGUCUUGAAGAUAUUGGACGUCGUUGGUCAUGAUGAUAGCCUGUUCGUUGUGAUGUCCCGGAUUCCUAGAACCCCCGCUAGCCUCUCAUUUCGCCACUUAGAUGCGUCAGGUCUCGCGCUCUUCGAGGCAGACCUUCGUAACUGGCUGUUCCAACUUCGGAGCCUCUGUCCCCCAUUCCCGGUAGUCUCGGGUUAUUUGGGAGGACCCUGUUGGCAGUAUCGCGUAUCGGCGGACAAUCCUAUCGGCCCGUUCGCCAGUAUAGAUGCUCUGCACCAAUUUUUACUCAGCCGCGUUUGGGGCGACGAGCGAGAUGAAGUCCUGUCCUUGUCGCGAAAGUCCUACGUGAAACCUCAUCGAAUUUGCCUCACCCACGGUGAACUGCGUCGCGCAAACCUUUUGUUGUCGAACGGCAGGCUGUCUGGUUUAAUUGACUGGGGCGCCGCUGGAUGGUUUCCGGAGUACUGGGAUGCUGUCGGAGGGUGCUAUAUUGCUAUGGGCCGACACCCUUUAGUUCCACAGUAUCAGGACGAGCUGGAGGUCGAGAAUGCCAUAUGGUCCGUCCGUAGUGCACAUCCUCAAAAUGGGUAG